GGUGUAACAAAGAGUGGAGGAGUCAAAGUUAACGACCAGAGAUGAUGGUUCUGUUACUAUUGUGCAGUCUUGCACUAGCUCUUGCCCAAGAUCCUUGUUCACGUGGUAACCACAAUUUGAUCAGUGAACCACAUCGGAGCAGCCAGUUCCAACCGGAGGUAACGGAUCACCUUCUUUGUGAUAACGGACUAACGGCUGGAUGGUACGUCUUUGAUAACAAUGAUGAGAUGCCCACAUCCUGUGUGACCCAGUACCAUUGCGGGACCCACUUCCCAUUGUGGAUGCAGGGCUCACACCCCUCCCAGGCUGAUGGUAUCGUCCACAGGAAGGCCUGCUCCAAUAUCUAUGGAAGCUCAAGUCACACCUGCUGUGAUUUCUCACUAGACAUACAGGUCAAGAAUUGUGGUAGUUUUUAUGUCUAUUACCUACAGACUGUUCCGGCAUGCGCUAUGGCUUAUUGUGCAGGAAACAAGAAAGUAUGCGAUGUUGGUGGCCAGCCUGCCUCUGGUAGAAACUGUCCAGAUCUCUAUCCCAAAUUAACAUCGAUGCCAGUUCUCUCCAAACCGGAAGUGACCCCAACAAAGGAAGUCCGUUUUCCGUGUAGAGUUGAUUACCCUCUCGGGCAGCCAGACGUGGGAUUUAUAGUCACGUGGACAGUAGAUGGCAAAGAACUUUUGAAUCAAGCGACACAUCAACCGGUGCAAACGAUCCUAACAGGAGAUUCUAGAACUGCUUAUCUGGACGCAACAAAACUUAAAGGAAACCUUGGAAAAGAAUUAAGAUGCAACGUCACGUCAUUCCAUCCAUCCCUGGGUAAAAGUAUUCGAAGCGAUUCUUUCAGUAGUAAUGGCUACUGGGCUGGGAUCAGGGUGACUCCAAGCAAGAUAAAUGUGGAUGAGGGAGGUCCCGAACAAACAGUGAAGAUCGAGUCCACUAUACCGAUCCCAUGUAAAAGUUUGUUCGCCACUGAAUGCAAACUUCCCAUUCAACUUGCUGGUCUGCGUAAUCCUGCAGAUGCAUCUCUGUCUGGUUGCCACUUCGACCUCAAAUUUGAUAAUGCCACGGGGCUAUACUCUACCUCCUUCAAGGUCAAGGCUACCAGGGAUUUUAUCAAAGACCACAACCAUGUUCAAGAAAUUGCUUUCAAACCGGUGUUUGACUUCACGCAUCCCAUGUGGAGCAACUACACUGUGAACCCUAUCAUGAUCGGGACCACUGAUAAAGAGCAUGGACACUGCACCUUGUCUGGCGAUCCACAUUUUCAUGGAUUUGAUUAUAAGAAAAAUUAUAACGUUUAUGAAGUGGGUGACAUGGUACUAUACAAAUCUAAAAACCAGAAAAGACCAUUUGAGGUUCAAAUCCGAACGUGGCCUUGUGGAAGCUACAAUCCCUGUGCCUGUGCAGUUGUUGCACGAGAAGGAAACGAUAUAGUUGAAAUAGAUAUGUGCGAAAAGAGAGCAGGUGUUGUAGAGGCCCCGAAGGUGUCCUAUCCAUCCGGACAUCAUCUAGAGGGUACUACGGUUAGCAGGGAUAAAUCUGGGAAAUAUUUCUAUAUAAAUUUUCCCUCAGGAGCCAGACUGAAGGUCUCAACCCUCAUAUCAAAAGGUCGCCAUGGUCACGAGCAUCUGCCUGUCAUGAACGUUGAUGUCCAAGGGCCCCCAGAUGAUUUUGGCUCCAGUGAGGGUCUGUGUGGGAACUGGAACGGCGAUGAUGGAGAUGACUUUAUUGGUGGAGACGGACUCCUGUACAAACCGUCAUCAGUAUCCAACUUCUCCAAAAGCUGGAUGAUACCUACAGGUUCAAGUAUGUUCUAUCAACUGCCGAAAUAUGAACAACAUCUUGCUCCCAAAUUUGAAUACUGUUCCUGUAAGCAAGGAGCCGUUGACUGUACCAAAGUAGGCAAAGGUGCUAUUAACCCCAGCAAGCCUAAAGAUGGAACAGUGAUUAGCGGCAAAAACACACAUCCUCGUAGGUCUGCUCGCGCCUAUACUGACCACUACCCUGACAGAGAUCUCCCCGUGGACCCGAAAAUGACAACAAGAAGAUUUCGAAGAAAUGCCGCGGCCUCUUUCCCAACCCCAAGUGGAAUAACGGAGCAGCAGGCGCGGACCUCUUGUACACAUAGUCUCAUGAAAUCAUCCCUCUACAGCCGCUGUCACCGUACAACCAUUCUCACCGACAUGCUGGACGGCUGUGUGGAGGACAUUAAGUUUUCUGACAGCAAAGAGGCGUUUGAGCUGGCUCAUAUGGACGCUUUUGAUAGCAUUUGUUACAACGAACUUGCUAAGGAUCCUAUCAACAUUCAAUACACCAACGGUGACCCAGUAGUGAGCUCCUCAAUUUUAUCCUGCCCCAACCAGUGUUCACAUAACGGGAAUUGCACUGGUGGCACGUGUCACUGUAACCAUGGUUUCGUAUCAUCCGACUGUUCUGUCAAAGUAGGAGCCGUGCCAACCAUUUACAGAAUAAGGGGUGACGGCCUGUGUGAUAUUAGACGACGACCAUGUCGACAAGCCAGCGUAAUAGUAGAUAAUGUCAUUGAAUCAACUCAUUUGGUCUGUAAAGUCACUCCUGUCGAUCUGUCAGACGGAUUCCCAGUCGUGUCUGGACCAGCGGUCACAUCUCGGGGAGAAUUCCUCAGCUUCUUAGAAGUCCAGUGUCCCAUUCCUGAGAGUCAUGUGAUGAAAGGGCUUAGUGCCGCGGGAUUCAAAGUCUCCGUCACCUCAGAUGGGCAGCACUACAGUCAAGAGUCCCUGUUUAUUGUGGCGGACGGUUACUGUAUGAAAUGUACAGCUGCGGGUGUCUGCACACAGAAUCCUGACAGUUGUUUUAUUGAUGGAGUAUGUUACCGUCGUGGAGAUCAAAGUAGCACAGAACAAGUGUGUGACCCAUCGCUGUCAAGGAAUGACUGGAGCGUUGUCAAAACUGUAAAAGAAAUAGAUCAUUACACGGCUACCUUCUCUGGAUGUCGAUGCCCAUACAACAUAAAUGUGUAUGACUGCGCAUGCUGCCAAAAUGGUGGAUGUCAGUGUGGGGAAAUUCAACCUAAUCAGUGCACUGACUGUAACAACAAGGCACUCUGCGGCACGAAUCCGGGACUUUUCCCGCCACCAACGUAUUAAUCAAAGUCGAAGAGUUUUUCUUGAGAGUACUUCAAAUAAAACUAAUAAUUCUA